AAAGUUCAACACAUUAUGGGCCCAGGUCACGUUAGAUAUUAAGGUGUUUGACGUAACGAAGUUUGUAAUUUUGCGUUUCAUGCAAGUGUCUAUUGAGAUGGAGUUCAAACCGCACAUCGGUAAAUUAGAAGGAGCAUACUAAAAUUUGUUUUGUUUCAGAAAGCCAAUAUGGUGGAAGCGGCGAACGCAUAUGGAGAGGUGCCUCAUCUUAUCAACAGGCAUCGCCUUUCUUAUUGGAAUGUCAUUAGUCGCAGCUCUUGUCACAGUUAUAUGGACUAGGAAUCAAGAAGUUAGUCAUAAACCGUAUACAGCAGAACUUCUACAGGGAAAAACAGUAACGAUAACCUCCCCCGAUCAAGAUGAACCCAUGGAAAUAUGUCUAACUCCAGGCUGCAUACACGCUGCGUCCCGGGUCUUAGAAUACAUGGACGAAACCGUAGACCCAUGCGACGAUUUCUAUCAAUUUACCUGCGGGAAUUUUAUCAAGACUACCAAUAUUCCUGACGAUAAAGCGGCAGUAACUUCCUUCAGUAUUCUUGGUGAUAUGUUGUUGGAGCAGUUGAGGACCAUGAUCGAGGAACCUAUCAAGGAAAGUGAACUUACACCUUUUAAGCUUACCAAGAAAUUUUACAAAGCCUGCAUGAAUAAAACACUUAUAGAAGAUGAUGGAAUGACCACAAUAAACAAUAUACUAAAGCAACUUGGUGGAUGGCCAGUAUUGGAAGGCAAUAAUUGGAACGAAAGUGAGUUCGAUUGGAAAACGUCUGUUUACAAAUUUAGAAAGCUUGGAUAUGGCUUUAGUCAUUUUAUAGGUUUUUCUAUUAUGAGUGAUGUUAAAAAUUCUACCAACAGGGUUAUUUAUUUGGACCAACCGUCUUUUUUACUAAGAAGAGAAUUUCUCAUUAAAGGCCUCGAAGAUAAGAUAGUUAAAGCCUAUUACGAUUACAUGGUGGACUUGGCUGUUCUUUUCGGUGCUGAGAGGCAAAACGCCACUAUCGAAUUAAAAGCGUCACUAGAAUUUGAAAUGCAACUAGCAAAGAUAUCGUUACCCAACGAGGAACGACGUAACAUGACCGUUUUAUACAAUCCCAUGUCCAUUGAACAGCUCCAAGAAAAAUUCCCGAGUAUCCCAUGGGUCGAGUAUAUCAAUAACCUUCUAGCUCCUGCUGCUCAUGUUAAAACUGGUGAAUUGGUUAUUAUAUAUGUUCCUUCUUAUUUGAAGUCUUUCGAAAUGUUGGUGGAAAAGACACCUAAAAGAGUUCAAGCUAACUACGCCUUGUGGAGGGCAGCAUCUGAUUCUGUGCCUUAUCUAACCGAACGACUUAGAAAGAGACAAUUAGAAUUUACAGCAGUUAUUACGGGACAGACAGAAGAAGUUGCCAGAUGGAAGGAGUGCAUUAGCAUUACCUCAGGAAGUAUGUUCAUAGCUUCUGGUGCUCUCUAUGUCAGAAAAUACUUCAACGAACAAGCUAGAAGGAACGUGCAAGAAAUGGUGAAUGACAUUCGAUUACAGUUCGAAGAUAUUCUUAAAGUAGUAGAUUGGAUGGACGAUAAAACCAGAAUGAUCGCUUUGGAUAAGGCCAAAUCUAUAGCAACGCAUAUUGCAUACCCAGAUGAGUUGUUGGAUGAUAAAAAGUUGACUGAAUUCUAUGAUGGAUUGGAAGUUAGUUCGGAAAAAUACAUUAAGUCUGUUUUGAAUCUCGAAUUAUUCAGUACAAGAUUUGCAUACAAACGUUUGAGAGAACCUGUAAACAAAACUGACUGGAUCGCUCAUAGUCAAGCUGCUGUCGUCAACGCUUUCUAUUCCACGAGCGAAAACAGUAUUGAAUUUCCAGUUGGUAUUCUACAGGGUGCUUUCUUCAACGCUGACAGACCUCGUUACAUGAAUUAUGGAGGUAUCGGUUUUGUCAUUGGGCACGAACUCACCCACGGCUUCGAUGAUGAAGGUAGACAGUUCGACAAAAAUAGUAAUCUGGUCGACUGGUGGCAGGAAACAACGAAAAAACGUUUCAACGAAAAAGCUCAGUGUAUUAUCAAUCAGUAUGCCAAUUACAGUGUCCCGGAACUUGGGUUGAACUUGAAUGGAAUUAACACCCAAGGUGAAAAUAUAGCAGACAACGGAGGCAUCAAGGAAGCGUACAUGGCCUACGAAAGAUGGGUCAGCAGAAAUGCAGAAGAACCACUUUUACCGGGACUUAAUUACACCCAAAGGCAAUUGUUUUGGAUCUCAGCAGCGAACGUUUGGUGUUCAAAAAUUAGAAAAGAAAAAUUAAAAGAAAUGAUUAUCACAGAAGAACACUCUCCAGAUAAAUUCAGGGUCAACGGAUUUUUAUCUAACAUGGAAUUAUUUUCUAGAGAUUUUAAUUGCCUCACGGGUACUCCAAUGAAUCCCGAACAUAAAUGUCACGUUUGGUAAUCGCAUGUUUUAAAAUGAUGGCUUCUUGAUAGUCCAUAUCAGUUUAGGUCACAAUUUUAUGCAAAAUUUUAAAUAAAUG